CACCCAAAAAGAAGAUCACUGCAAAAAGGCUGUCAGGCUCCACCAGCCACCAGCUGACCACACUGCAGCAGUGCAGAUGUUGCCAUGAGGAUCAGGAGGGCUCCUGCCAGCUUUGCAGCCUGGAUUUUGGUCCUGCUGGGUAAACGCCACAGAGAGCCCAAUCCAGAGGCAGUUCCCAUGUUUUAAGAGAGCUGAGGAGCCAGUUCCUGCACAUACAUGCAUUUGUGUAAGAGUACUCCAAGUCCAGGGGCCUCUGUGGCACUGCAUGGAUGUAAGAACUUUUGCAUGUGUGGGGUUAGACCCUGUUUUUUUGAGAGAUGAUGCUCCGAAGAGGAUUUAUUCUAUUUCUCCCUCGACUUGUUGGCUUGCUAGUGGUGGCCUGUUGCUCAGUGUCUAUUGUUUACAUGUUGGCUUGUACACCCAAGGGGAACAACCAGCAGCUUGCCUUGCCCAGGGUGCACAGCCCAACUGCAAAGGAGGGUUAUGAAGCCAUUCUGCACCAGCGAGAGGAGCAACACCGCAAUUACAUCACCAGCUUGAAGAAAAAAAUUGCCCAGCUGAAAGCUGAGCUCCAGGGUAGGAGCAAACAGCUUAAGAAUGUGCAGGAUCAGUACCCAGACCCUUUGGACAUUCGUCUCGACCACAGUAACCCAGAGAAGGCCCAAGCUAACCUCCUGGCUUUCCUCCAUUCCCAAAUAAACAAGGCAGAGGUCCACAGUGGUGUUAAGCUCUCCACAGAGUAUGCGGCUGUGCCCUUUGAGAGCUUUACCCUGCAGAAGGUGUACCAGCUGGAGACAGGGCUCACACGUCACCCAGAAGAGAAACCUGUAAGGAAGGAUAAAAGAGAUGAGUUGGUAGAGGUGAUUGAGUUAGCUGUUGGGAGUUUGAACAAUCCAGAGGGGGACAAGAAUGCAAAACACCAUGUAUAUACAGCCUCUGACUUCGUUGAAGGGAUCUACCGCACAGAAAAAGACAAAGGCACAUUGUAUGAGCUGACUUUCAAAGGAGACACAAAACAUCAGUUCAAGAAGAUUGUUUUAUUCCGGCCAUUUGGUCCUGUGAUGGAAGUGAAAAAUGAAAAUGUCAACAUGGCUGACACCCUUAUUAAUGUCAUUGUGCCACUGGCCAAGAGAGCCAGCAAAUUUCGGCAGUUCAUGCAGAAUUUCAGGGAAAUGGGCAUCCAGCAGGAUGGGAGAAUUCACCUUACUGUAGUCUACUUUGGAAAAGAACAAAUGAAUGAAGUUAAAUCAAUACUUGAAAAUACUUCCAAGUCAGCCAACUUCAAGAACUUUACCUUCAUCCAGUUGAAUGAAGAAUUUUCCAGGGGCAAAGGGUUAGAUGUCGGUGCUCGGUUUUGGAAAGGAAACAAUGUUGUUCUCUUCUUCUGUGAUGUGGACAUCUACUUCACAGCUGAAUUCCUGAACUCCUGUAGAUUGAACACGCAGCCAGGGAAAAAGGUGUUUUAUCCUGUUCUCUUCAGCCAGUAUAACCCCAGUAUAAUUUAUGGCCACCACGAUUCCAUCCCCUCUUUAGAACAGCAGCUGAUUAUUAAAAAAGAAACUGGGUUUUGGAGAGACUUUGGUUUUGGGAUGACUUGUCAGUACAGAUCUGAUUUUAUCAACAUAGGUGGCUUUGAUCUGGAGAUUAAAGGCUGGGGUGGUGAAGAUGUGCACCUCUACCGCAAAUACCUUCACAGCAACCUCAUCGUGAUCCGGACGCCUGUCAGAGGGCUCUUCCACCUGUGGCAUGAAAAGCAGUGUCCUGAUGAGCUGACCCCAGAACAGUACAAAAUGUGCAUGCAGUCCAAAGCCAUGAAUGAAGCUUCUCAUGGCCAGCUUGGGAUGCUUGUUUUCAAGCAAGAGAUUGAAGCACACCUGCACAAACAGAAACUGAGCAGCAAGAAGACAUGAAGCCAAAAAAAAGGGAGGCAAAAAGCCUCUGAACUGGGCUGUAGGGUGUUUUGGGUAAGAGUUGUUAACAAGGAAAGACCUGAUGAGACUGAAAGAGAUUCCAGCAGAAUGGCAGCAAAAGAUAAGGGGAAGUGCUUGUCCUCCCUUCUGUUGUUUGUUUCUUUCUUUCUUUCUUAAUAAGACUUUCAAGUACUCCAUUAGCCUGCCUGUUCAGCACUUGCUUUUGAGGGUACUUGAACACUUGAUGAGAUUCCAGAUCAUGGAGACAAUGAACAUAAAUGCCAAUGUGUUACUUGCAGUAACAAAUGGAUGUGC